CCUCCACCGCCUCCCUCCGCCGCCGCCCGGGCCGGCUCCGCGCCCCCUCCCCGGCCCCCGCCCGCCCGCCUGCCCGUCGCCCCCAUGGCGCCCCGGGCCCCCGCUGUGCGGGGCCACUAGGACCCUCGGCAUCCCCUUCCCUCCCCCGCCCUGCCCCUCUCCCACGGCGCGAACCCGGGUGUCCACGGCGCCCAGCUUUUGAGCUCGCGUCCCCAGGCCGGCGGGGGGGGAGGGGAAGAGAGGGGACCCCGGGACCCCCGCCCCCCCCCCGACCCGGCCGCCCAGUCCCCCGGGACCCGGAGAAAAUGUCUUCGCGGACGGCGCUGGCCCCGGGCAACGAUCGGAACUCGGACACGCAUGGCACCCUGGGCAGUGGCCGCUCCUCGGACAAGGGACCGUCCUGGUCCAGCCGCUCCCUGGGUGCCCGCUGCCGGAACUCCAUCGCCUCCUGUCCCGAGGAGCAGCCCCACGUGGGCAACUACCGCCUGCUGAGGACCAUCGGGAAGGGCAACUUUGCCAAAGUCAAGCUGGCCCGGCACAUCCUUACCGGCCGGGAGGUCGCCAUCAAGAUCAUCGACAAAACCCAGCUGAACCCCAGCAGCCUGCAGAAGCUAUUCCGAGAAGUCCGUAUCAUGAAGGGCCUGAACCACCCCAACAUUGUGAAGCUCUUCGAGGUGAUCGAGACAGAGAAGACGCUGUACCUGGUGAUGGAAUAUGCAAGCGCUGGAGAAGUGUUUGACUACCUCGUGUCACACGGCCGCAUGAAGGAGAAGGAAGCCCGAGCCAAGUUCCGACAGAUUGUAUCGGCUGUGCACUACUGUCACCAGAAAAACAUUGUACACAGGGACCUGAAGGCUGAGAACCUCUUGCUGGACGCUGAGGCCAACAUCAAGAUCGCCGACUUUGGCUUCAGCAACGAGUUCACGCUGGGCUCGAAGCUGGACACGUUCUGCGGGAGCCCCCCGUACGCCGCCCCAGAGCUGUUCCAGGGCAAGAAGUACGACGGGCCCGAGGUGGACAUCUGGAGCCUCGGCGUCAUCCUGUACACCCUCGUCAGUGGCUCCCUGCCCUUCGACGGGCACAACCUCAAGGAGCUGCGGGAGCGAGUCCUCAGAGGGAAGUACCGGGUCCCUUUCUACAUGUCAACAGACUGUGAGAGCAUCCUGCGGAGAUUUUUGGUGCUGAACCCAGCUAAACGCUGUACUCUCGAGCAAAUCAUGAAAGACAAGUGGAUCAACAUCGGCUAUGAGGGUGAGGAGUUGAAGCCAUACACAGAGCCCGAGGAGGACUUCGGGGACACCAAGCGAAUCGAGGUGAUGGUGGGUAUGGGCUACACACGGGAAGAAAUCAAAGAGGCCUUGACCAGCCAGAAGUACAACGAAGUGACCGCCACCUACCUCCUGCUGGGCAGGAAGACCGAGGAGGGUGGGGACCGGGGCGCCCCGGGGCUGGCCCUGGCACGGGUGCGGGCGCCCAGCGACACCACCAAUGGAACAAUCUCCAGCAAAGGCACCAGCCACAGCAAAGGGCAGCGGAGCUCCUCCUCCACCUACCACCGCCAGCGCAGGCAUAGCGACUUCUGUGGCCCAUCCCCUGCACCCCUGCACCCCAAGCGCAGCCCAACCAGCACAGGGGAGACAGAGCUGAAGGAGGAGCGCCUGCCAGGCCGGAAGGCAAGCUGCAGUGCCGCAGGGAGCGGGAGCCGAGGGCUGCCCCCCUCCAGCCCCAUGGUCAGCAGCGCCCACAACCCCAACAAGGCAGAGAUCCCAGAGCGGCGGAAGGACAGCACGAGCACCCCUAACAACCUCCCCCCCAGCAUGAUGACCCGCAGAAACACCUACGUUUGCACAGAACGCCCAGGGGCUGAGCGCCCAUCCCUGUUGCCAAAUGGCAAAGAAAACAGCUCGGGUACCCCACGGGUGCCCCCCGCCUCCCCCUCCAGUCACAGCCUGGCUCCCCCAUCAGGGGAGCGGGGCCGUCUGGCACGCGGCUCCACCAUCCGCAGCACCUUCCACGGUGGCCAGGUCCGAGACAGGCGGGCAGGGGGCGGGGGAGGUGGGGGCGUGCAGAAUGGGCCCCCCGCCUCUCCCACGCUGGCCCAUGAGGCCACGCCCCUGCCCACUGGGCGGCCCCGCCCCACCACCAACCUCUUCACCAAGCUGACCUCCAAACUGACCCGAAGGGUCACAGACGAACCUGAGAGAAUCGGGGGACCUGAGGUCACAAGUUGCCAUCUACCUUGGGAUCAAACGGAAACCGCCCCCCGGCUGCUCCGAUUCCCCUGGAGUGUGAAGCUGACCAGCUCGCGCCCGCCCGAGGCCCUGAUGGCAGCUCUGCGCCAGGCCACCGCGGCCGCCCGCUGCCGCUGCCGCCAGCCCCAGCCGUUCCUGCUGGCCUGCCUGCACGGGGGUGCGGGCGGGCCCGAGCCCCUGUCCCACUUCGAAGUGGAGGUCUGCCAGCUGCCCCGGCCGGGCCUGCGGGGAGUUCUCUUCCGCCGCGUGGCGGGCACUGCCCUGGCCUUCCGCACCCUCGUCACCCGCAUCUCCAACGACCUCGAGCUCUGAGCCGCCACGGCCCCGGGUCCCCUCCUCUUUUCCUCGCCCCCUUCGCUUCGACAGGAGGGAAGUGGGGUCAAGGAGGGGAUUCUCCCAUUGUCAUCACCUCCGUUUCCCUGAAAUCGAUUUGGGGGCAGAGAUGGUCCCGUCUGCUGUUCUCCGGGGCCGCUGGGCAGGAGACAAGAGCGACGGGGCUUAGCAGGGGGAGCUGGCACCUUUCUGGAGCCUCCAGCCCGUCCGGUCCCCCCUCACCCUGGCGCGGGGCACCUGAGGAGACUUUGGGGGCAGGGCGGGGGGCAGAAAGGGACACUGAGGAAACUUCCAUUCCCCUCAGCAGCUCACGAAUUAGGCCUUGGGCAGGGGCGAGAAGAGUUGCUGAGCCUAAAGACUGGAGAAUUGGGGGGCGGGGGGGGGGGGGCGUGCUGAGAGUGGGGGUCAGAGAGGCAGAUUCCUUCCCCUCCCCCUCCCCUCCUGCUCGAAUCCCCCCCUUCCUGCCCCAGGCUGGCGCGGGGCACUUUGUACAAAUCCUUGUAAAUACCCCCACACCCUCCCCUCUGCAGAGAUCUCUUGAGGAGCUGCCGCUCUCACCUCCGGUUUUUAAGUUAUUACCCCCCCCCACCGCCCCCGUCAGCCCACUCACCUGCAGCCUGAUGCCCAGUAAACUUAGGAGAGUCCCCCCUCCCC